UUAAGUCUCUAUAUAAUGAUCGUCCGUCUUCUUCCCAAACCCCAAACGCAGCUCUCUCCAAAAUCUCAUCGUGUAGGAUUCCCAGAUCGAAUCUUGGCGUUUAGAACGAUGGAGAUCACCUUGAUCUCGGCCAAGGACCUCAAGAACGUCAACGUCUUCUCCAAGAUGGCCGUUUACGCCGUUGUCACCAUCUCUAGCGAUCCCCGCGUGUGGCAGCGCACGCCUCCCGAUCGCGAGGGCGGCCGCAACCCGUCCUGGAACUCCACCCUCCGCCUCACCGUCCCCAACGACGUCGCUCAUCGCCACUUUCUCCACAUCCUCCUCCGCACCGAGCGCGCCCUCGGAGACCGUGACAUCGGCGAGGUCCGUGUCCCCCUCUCCGAUCUCCUCGCCGGUGCCGGCGAUGGCCCGCGGCCCGUCCAGUUCGUCAGCUAUCAGGUCCACGGGAUGAAAUCCGGCAAGCCCAAGGGCGUCCUCAACUUCUCCUACAGCCUCAGCGAGCGGGUCUUGGCGCCCGCCACCGCGUCGGCCGCCGCCCCGUUCGACGCCCGCCGGCCUCCGGUCACGUCAUACCCUGCGGUCUCCGCCUCGCACUCAGCGCCGUCCUCGGCGAAGGUCGAUGAGCCUGUGAUGGCGUACCCGCCGGGCCCCAGCUCGGCCCCGUAUCCCGCAUACGGGGCAGCGCCGCCGCCUUAUCCUCCACAGUCGGGGUACCAGCAAGCGCCACCAUAUGGGUACGGUUACGGGUACCCUCCGGCGGGGUACGGGUACUGGGCGGCGCCGGCACCGGUGGUACAGCCGCAGAGGAAGAACAGGCUCGGGGUGGGGUUGGGAGCGGGGCUCCUCGGCGGUGCCCUCGGCGGGCUUCUGAUUGGGGACAUGAUGUCCGACGCCUCCGCCUACGGCGCAGGCUACGAUGCCGGAUUCGAUGAUGCCGGCGACUUCGGUUUCUAGAGAAGACGACUUCCUCUUCCCUCUUCGUUUCAUCAUGUCGUCGAUGUUGGUUAGUGCAAAUUAGUGAAUGUAUAAAGUUUAGAGUGUUCGAUAUUCAAUUCUUUGUUCAUCUUUAGAUAUACUUUAUUCAUUAGUGUGGACACCACACAGAGCUCAGUGUUUUGGAA